ACGCCAGCUGACGGGCGUUUAAAGGCAUCGCGACAGGACAGGCGGUCCCCGAUAUAUAUAUACAUAUGCACGUGGAUACGCGCGCGUAAUCCGACCGCGCGCGAUACAUCGCAUUAUUACAUCGCUGAUAACUCGGUGUGGCGUGGGCCGUCCGUGUCGCCGGGCCGCCGCGGGCGCAGUGUGCCAAUGGAUCGCGUGACGCGCGCUGGGGAACCGUACACACGGCGCACACGCGACUCGUAGGUUAGACCUACCCGCGGAGAUCCCGAGAUCGAUCGACGUGGGCGCAAGGAAGGAAGAGGAAAAAGGAUCCAGAGCCGGACGUCACGAUGCGGGCGACUCUCGCGGUGUUCUGCGUCUUCCUCGGCUGCUGCACCAACGUCGUGUUCCUGGAACUGCUGGUCAAGGAUGAUCCCGGCAGUGGGAACCUCAUCACGUUCUCGCAGUUUCUCUUCAUAGCCCUCGAGGGAUUCCUCUUCACGUCCAAAUGCGGCACCGUCAGGCCGACCAUAGGCGUAAAGGAUUACUUUAUUCUGGUCACAAUGUUCUUUAUUGCCAACGUAUGCAACAAUUAUGCUUUCGACUUUAAUAUUCCCAUGCCGCUGCAUAUGAUAUUUAGAGCCGGCUCCCUUAUAGCCAACAUGAUUAUGGGCAUAAUUAUUUUAAACAAGAAGUACCCGUUCAGCAAGUAUUUGUCAGUAUUCAUGAUCACCACGGGAAUAGCGCUCUGCACAAUCGUCAGCGGCAAGGAGAUCAAGUCCCUGCAGCAGAAGAACGUGGUGCAGGUACCCACGACCCCGUGGGACGACCUCUUCUGGUGGGCCUUGGGCAUAUCCCUGCUCACGGUCGCUUUAUUCGUUUCCGCUAGAAUGGGCAUCUAUCAGGAGGUACUGUACAGCCGGUACGGUAAAAACGCGCGGGAGGCCCUGUUCUAUACGCACCUGUUACCCCUGCCGUUCUUCCUGACGCUGGCGCCCAAUAUUUACGAUCACUGGAACUUCGCGCUCGCGUCCGAGCCGUUAAGGCUGCCUGUGAUCGGUGUACAUAUACCGUCGUUAGUCGCAUAUUUAAUUGGAAAUAUUCUGACGCAAUACAUGUGCAUCAGCUCUGUAUUCGUAUUAACCACGGAGUGCAGCUCACUCACAGUCACUCUGGUAAUAACGCUGCGCAAGUUCCUGUCGUUGUUAUUCUCUAUACUCUACUUCAAGAAUCCGUUUACGAUACAUCACUGGAUUGGUACGCUGCUAGUCUUCUUAGGUACAAUUAUCUUUACGGAAGUGAUACCAAAGAUUAUGCAAAGCUUACAGCGAGUAUCUAAGACGAAGAAAGCGGAAUAGGUACACUUUAAUUUUAAGAUUAAUAAAUAAUCAUAUCUUUUA